GGAGGGGAGAUGGGAGCCCGCGGUCAGAUGAGCCCCCGGUCUGCUCCCUCUCACGUCCUGCGCUCCUUCUGCUCGGGGCAGCCACGCCAUUCUGUGGCCCCGGCCGUGGCCCCAAAGCCGCCAAUCUCCAGGGCGCUGCCCUUUGAGGCCAUUCCCCGCAGCAGCCCCAACGGCUGGGUCAACCUGUACCAGUUCUGGAGGACCAACAGCUUCCCAAACUUCCACCACAUCAUGCAGAAGAACUUCCAGAACCUGGGGCCCAUCUACAGGGAGACGCUGGGCACCUACGACUCCGUCCACCUGCUCCUGCCCCGCGAUGCUGCCGUGCUGUUCCAGUCCGAGGGGAUUUUCCCACGCCGAAUGGGCAUCAAUUCGUGGAUCGCCCACCGCACCCUGCGGAACCACAAAUGCGGAGUCUUCCUACUGAAUGGGGAGGACUGGCGCUCAGACCGGAUCAUCCUCAACAAAGAGGUGAUCAGCCCUGUGGGCACCCGGAAGUUCCUGCCCUUCCUCAACACGGUGGCCGAGGACUUUGCAGAGUCCAUACACCGGCUGAUCCGGAAGAAUGCCCGGCGCUCGCUCACUGUUGACCUCUACCGCGACCUCUUCCGCUUCACCCUGGAAGCCAGCAGCUACGCCUUGUAUGGGCAGCGCUUGGGCCUACUGGACGAGAAUCCCAAUCCGGAGUCCCAGCACUUCAUCGACACCGUGGAGACCAUGCUGCGGACCACCCUGCCCCUCCUCUUCCUCCCACCCGGGGUCAUGCGCUGGGUGAACAACAAGCUCUGGCGAGAUCACAUGGAGUCCUGGGACGCCAUCUUUAAGCACGCGGACAAGUGCAUACAGAAUAUCUACCAGGAGUUUUGCCUGGGGCAGCCCCGCAAGUAUUCAGGGAUCAUGGCCGAGCUGCUUCUGCAGGAAGAGAUGCCCCUCGACUCCAUCAAGGCCAACAUGACAGAGCUCACGGCCGGCAGCGUGGACACGACAGCCAUGCCCCUGCUCUUCACUCUCUUUGAGCUGGCCCGCAACCCAGAAGUCCAGACAGCCCUUCGGGAAGAGGUCAAGGCUGCUGCGGGAUCAUCCAGGGAGCUCUCCAAGGUGAUGAAUGACAUGCCGUUGCUCAAGGGAGCAAUCAAGGAGACGCUGAGGCUCUACCCUGUGGGAAUUACAGUGCAGCGCUACCCGAUGAGGGAUGUGGUGCUUCAGAACUACUGUGUGCCAGCUGGGACCUUGUGCCAGGUGGGGCUCUAUGCCAUGGGCCGGAGCCCGGAGGUCUUCAGGGACCCCGAGCGCUAUGACCCCAGCCGCUGGACUGGCAAAGAGGACAACAGCUUCAAGGCGCUGGCCUUUGGCUUCGGGUCACGGCAGUGUAUUGGGCGGCGCCUGGCGGAGGCAGAAAUGACCCUCUUCCUCAUGCAUAUUCUGCGCAACUUCAAGAUUGACACCGUCUCCAAGGCAGACCUGAAGACCGUCUAUGGCUUCAUCCUCAUGCCAGAGAAGCCCCCUCUGCUCACCUUCCGGCCCAUCGACUAGGGCAGCAGCCCCCCCCAGCCCCUUUCUCUCCCUCUGGACCACGGAAGGGGCCCAUCACUUGGGGGCGCAGGCAUCCUGACACCACGUCCUUUCUCUCUGGCCACCUUGCUGCCUUCCUUCCCUCCCCUUCGGGCUCCAACAGACAUUCUUUCUGGCACCCCUUAUAUGAUUUUAUCCCAACCGUACCCCAAGACUGGUAGAAAAUUGCAGGCUGCAUUGAAACUCGGGAAGCUGGAGAACGAAGCCAAUAACAGGGGACCUCU